AUGCCAUGUUUGCGAGGCAUUGAACUGUCUCUCGUCAUUCAACCAAACUCAGUGCUGCUACCAGAAUUUCCACAUCCUGAUGCUUCUUCAGUUCACGUUGCAUCCGUUGUUGAAGCCUCUCAGAAAGUCCAAGAAAAUGAUGUGAGUUCCCCUGGCUUGGACUCUCCUCGAAUCCAAAAGACAGCACCAAAGGCCUCUGUCUAUGUCCCUUCUGCACCUGGCUCGCAAUUCUGGGUGCAAUAUUCCAUUCAUCGCCAUCCAGAGCCCCCAUGUUACCUUUUCUUCAAGCUGUUUAUGAACGGCCGAAACAUUACGAGUUGUGGAGUUAAACCUGGUACAGCAUCAGGCACAAUCACACGAGCCCUCUUUGAGCCGAGUGACAGAUGGCACUUGGAGCAAGAUGGAAUGCUGCUCAAACGAAGCGGUAUUGAAUCGAGGUCCUUUUGUUUCUCCCCAGGCCCUGAUGCUAUUGCUGCAGCUGAUGACGGGGGCCUAAUCGAAGUCCAAGUCUUUCGAGCGAAAAGCCGUCGGAGAAGCACUCCACAAUUGACUGAACACCGAGAUCAAGAACGAUAUGGGAUAAUAUCGCCUUCAACUGGACUCCUUGAGCAUCCUGAAGAUGCAAUUUACUACGAAUGGAUUUUACAGGACGCAACAGACGCACCAUUUGCGACAUUUUGUUUCCACUAUCGUGCUUGGAGUUAUCUGUGUGAUCUCAAUCUUGUCCCUGAGAAUGACAACUCCCUGUUAUACAAUGCCAGACUAUGGGAGAGAUUUGAAAACAAUCGACACGAAGCCACUGCGUAUGCUGAGCCAAAUGAUAAACCAACGACUUCCCAGGUAGAAUCGGACCUGGGGUAUCUUAGCAAUGAUAAUACAGGAGCUGUUGCACCACGUCCCCGUUACCCCACCAUCACUCAGUAA